AUGACGCAAAGGAUGAACAAGAAAGAAAAAAGCAUUGACGUGACAAUUACUCAUUCACUAUUCAUGAUUCUCUCGUUAUCCGUAGCCUCAUCUUCUCAUCCAACUUUGUCAUCGUGUCAAAGUUAUAUGUUCGAACGAAGGGAUGAAGAAAACUAUAAAACUAAAGCUGCUGUCACUCACACCGUCUGA